AAUACGUACUAGUAUGCCAAAUUAUCUCACCCUACAUGUGUAUUAACCCCUGAAUCUGACCGUCCAUUUACACAGACGUGCUCUGCAAUGCUUGAUCUACUUAAAACUGCCCAGAUCAUCUUAGGCCAUGUAAUUCCAAGAACAGCAAUGACGCCUUCUAUUGAUGUGGGGUCUUCCAACUCCUAUAAAUAAGUACAUUCAUCGCCUUAUGGAAUGCAAGCCCACCUCUGAAUCUAUAAUUUUGUCCACAUCACCUUGUUUUAACAAAUCUGAAACUGAUAGCUCAUUUCAUCUUCGAGAGAGAUGGAAAAGGAUAAAAAAACUGCAACAAGCAGCGUGUUUGAGGAUUGGCUACCGGUGAUGGCAGAGAAGCUCGAUGUAGAUGCCUUUGUAGCUGAAUUAUGCGGUGGCUUUCGGCUGCUGGCAGACCCCCAAAAAGGGUUGAUCACAUCAGGGAGUCUGAGGAGAAAUUCAGCCCUUCUAGGCAUGCAGGGGAUGACCAAAGAAGAGGCGGAGGCGAUGGUAAGAGAAGGAGACCUUAAUGGGGAUGGAGCACUCGAUGAAACAGAAUUUUGCAUCCUAAUGGUGAGGCUCAGCCCCGAAAUGAUGGAGAAUGCUGAGACCUGGCUUGAGAAGGCCCUUGAUCAAGAAUUGAGAAAAUCGUCGCAUUAAGUUCCGUUCUUUAUGCCUACUUAGAAAAUGCUCUCGCUUUUAUUCUUAUUUCAGGGGAAGCAUAUUGAAUGGAUGUAUGCGAUUUAAAUCCAUGUUUACCGUAUGCUGUAUUUUCAAACAAAAGAUGCUGUGACAGGGAGAAUUGCACAUGGAAACCAAUAUGCACCAUCUCUUAGCAUAUCAAGAGAUGCAAUUGGUAUGUAUGUAUUAAACCAUUUUCUCACGAAAUGAGGUCUACGCUGCCAACCAUUCAAACAUUUAAACUU